AAGUAAGCAACAUACUCUUAUACAUUACUAUUCAUCUUAGAAAAAAACAUUAUUAUAACAGUAAGUGAUUGUGAAGCUUAUAGCUAUUCCAAAAGAAAAAAAUGAAGAAAGCCAAGGCAUGGAUGAAACAUAUCACGAGUGCUUUCAAAACAAGACUCCUCAUGUUGUCCCUCGUGAAAGACAAGAAGCUAGGGUUCCGUUCUAUUUCCAACAAGAUCCACAACCUCCUAGGCCAUGCAGACCAAGACCAAGACAAUGGCCACAACAACCAAGACGAAAGCAAGGCUAUAAUCCUCUACAAUAAUGGGGUAUCCACAGUGCCUAACCAUGAGAGUUACGACGUACAAGAGGAGGGAAACGACAAGUCUCCUGAUAUGACGCACACGUUGUUCGAAGGAGAGGAGGAUUUUGAGGAGUUGGAGAAAUGUCAAGGAAGUUCUGUGAUAGAUAUGGUUAGGAGCUCGAAGGAAGAAGAAGGAGAGAGUUUCAAGCUUGAAGAUGAGAUCGACCAUGUUGCAGAUCUCUUCAUUUCAAGGUUUCAUAAGCAGAUGAAGCUUCAAAAACUCUUGUCCUUCAAGAGGUAUCAGGAAAUGCUAGCCCGAGGCACUUAAAAUCAUAUCUAUAUGUACACAUGCAUGUUGUCACACAGAUAUGACGAAAAGAUUCAUGUUAAGCUAUUUGCUUGCGUUCAUAAUCAUAAUUGAUCCUUCGAGCCUCUUACUUUCUAGGAUCAUAUAUUAUGAUAUCAUCAUGUAUUUUCAGUGUUCAAGUUGGGUUGAAGGAAGGAUCUGUUUUGUAAUGUGUGUGUUUUUUUUCCUCCUCGAGGUCUUUACUAUAUACGUCUAAGAUCUUUGAUGUGUUAAUAUUACACAUUCUUCUUAAAUAUUGAAUUCAG